GAUAUUAAUUCCGAUACAAACUUCCGCUACGCGCACUUUGAAUGUUUGAGAUAUGAGGUGAAUAUUUUGACGCGAUAUGAUGAAAAUGCCUGUCUUAGAGAAUGGGAAAACAGAAACAGAAGAAGAAGAAAUGGAGCACGAAACUUUAGGAAGCAAUAAUAGUUCUGAUGAUGAUUCAGAAAUGGGUUCCGAGGAAGAAGAUGGGUCAGAGCUUGAUGAAGAAGAAUGUGAAAGAAGAAAAUCUGAAUGUCUGGAUGACAUGGCAGACUUAGAAAAACUCUCCGAUUUAAAAGAAGUGCUUUACAAAGAAAGGAUGGGUCAGGUUGAGCACAAACUGGAUGAGGUUCGGGCAGGAAAGGCCCUGGAAUACCUCAGCCCUCUGGCACAGCUACAGGAGAGCAUGAGAAUAAGAACAGAAGUAGCAGAUGAUGAUGUGGAAUUAUAUCAAAGAAGAGGGAAUCGCACAGAUACAGCUAGAAUCUUACGAGAAUUUCGAAUAGACAGCAUACAGAAUAAGUUUGAAAGUGAAGUUUUAGCUGCCCAGCAAAAUUUGGAGAGUGAAAAGGAACUUUUAUAUGACAGUGUCAAAGGGGAACUUGAAGAACGAAUUCGUCGUCUGGAAGAAGAUAGGCAUAAUAUAGAUAUAUCAUCUGAUCUUUGGGAUGAAUCACAGACAAUGAAUAAAUGUAAAAAGAAAAUAGAUGGAUCCUCGUCGGAAAGAAGAAAAAAACCAAUAUCUGUGACAGGACCAUAUAUAGUGUACAUGUUAAAGGACGUAGAAAUAAUAGAAGACUGGACAGCAAUUAAAAAGGCAUUGAAACAGAAAAGGAAGUCAGAGUAUGAUUUCUGCUGAAGCUGGAACUUCUAAAUGUGCAAUGUUUAUGUGGUGCUUCUAUAGCAGACGUUCACGGCCAGCUGUCCAAAUCCCAUGUCUUCUGAUGUCACAGACAUAUCCAAGACAACCCAGGACUUGUGCUUGCCAGUUCACCUGUCCUGCUGCUAGCCACCUGAGACUUUAGUCAUGUUUGUGAUUGUGGUAGGGGUCAAGGACCUCCAUGACUCAUGACUUGUGUCUAGGACAUGCUGCAGUUUAUAAUUUUGUUGUAUUUCAUACAUUCAUGAAGUGCUUCUCUGAUAAACCGUACAAAAUCAGGCUAAAAGUAUUUGACGGACGUACAGAUUUUUAUUAAAUUAUGUGUUUUAACCUUGUGAAACAAAAGUUGGUAACAAAUAAUGAAAUAUUAUAUGAACAACAUAACUAUAUUACAGUGCAUCUUCAUCUUUUUUAAGUGAACAAUUAAUUAUCAUAAAUUUUGAUUGUAUCAACAGUAGGAAAAAAACAAUGAAAAUUAAUUUUACUUUGAAAAUGAAAUGGGGGAGAAACUGAAUGUAAAUAAUGUUUUAAAAUCAUCUUUGAUGUAUUAAAGCAAUUCAUGACCAUUAAUAUUUCAUAAAAGAAAAGUAUUUUAGGAAUUUUUAUUACAUAGUUGAUCUAGUAAUAUGAUUCUUUCAUAUAUUACUGUAGGUUAAUUUUAUUGAUAUUAUAUGAGUUUUCUAGGGUUUUUUUAACCAUUGAUUUGUCAUGAGUAUGAUUCAGAGGCAUACCACACUGAAAAGUAGUGAUCUGCUAUUUUGGUCCAACAUAAUUCUAGGCUGCUUUAUAUCUUCCCAGAAAAUCCACUUUCUUGUACAUAAAAUGCAUUUUCAUCUCAUUAAGUUUUAUUUAUUUCUAGGAUGGACUUAACGUAUCAAUACAAUGAUUAAGUAUUAAUUCAUUUUUAAAUACAUGUAUGUGUCAACAAGAUUCUAGAUUUUGUUGGAUAUUGUCAGAGACAGAAUGGAAAACAAUCUUGUUGUUCACCUAUGAAUUUCAGCAUUAUGCAGUUUGUAUAUUUGUUAAUAAGAGGUUGUAAAUGUAGUUAAGUAACAUUUACAUCUACAUGUAUAAAGGGAUUAUACAUGUAAGUGAUUGUUUGUAUAAUAAUUGUUGUAACUGAGGCAAAGGGGAAAAAUACUCAGGUACUAGUUAAUUGAAUAAAGAAAAACAAUGUUUGAAAGAUACAUA